CGCAGCCGCUUAGCGUAAGUGUGACACGAUGCACAGACAGUCUCUGGGCUCGCCAUCUUCGAAGCUCGCCAAGGAAGACACGCUCAUCGCCCCCGCCGACGCCGACGAUGACGAUGCCCCCAAAACUCACAGACUCUCGUCGCCUCCUUCCUCACCUCACAAGUUCAUCCACCUCAUUCCAAUCCUCACUCUUCUAUGCUUCUUCAUCCUCUACCUCUGCUCUCACACUCCCUCUCCAUCAGACUUGGAUCAUUUCACUGGAUUCAAUAGCUUGUCCAAGGAUCAUUUAGAUUCAGCAGCGGAGAUUGGCGACAUUGGGCAUCAUUACAUGGACGCUAAGAGAGGCGAUGUUUUGGCUAUCCGGAGCCUCCGUAGUUUGCAACAAAUACCAAAAUCUCGCCUUCACAGGAAGCUCGCCGAUUUUUAAGCAGGUUUUAUAUUUUCUAGCUCCAAGGAGUGGGAGUCACGAGUUUCCCGCAUGUGUUUGCCUCUUUCCUUACCCCUUCCAUUCUAUAUUCUUGUUUCUGUAUAUCCGAAAUUGCUUUUGUUUUCUCUCAUGAAAAAACAAAAUAAAAAAUAAAAUCAAUUUCACCCUUCUAGAUCUUCUUCCAUUUUGAAUGUUCAACACUGAAUAAUAAUACUCUCUUAUUUUGAGAAUUUAUUAUUUGUUAUUUAUUUUUUCUUGUGUAUAUGUAUAUGUAUCAUACCAUUCACCAACUAUCCGUUGAAGCAAAAGGUGAGUGAGUGGCUGAGUUGGUUGGGUGUUCACUGUUCCGGUGAAGGCGUAGGAUAGCAGUCGGUGCGCUGAAUAUUGGAAUACAGCUGGACUUUGGGACCGUUAACUGCACCUCGGGUUGUGUUGCAGUUAAGAGUGCCAGCUGGAUCUGAUCAGAAUCUUGAUGAUUGGGAUUUUGGGUCACGUGUUCGCUCUGUUAGAAAGGGAACGGAGCGGAGCCAGGAGCCUCCCCCCGUUACCGCUGGACGUGCUAUUUGGCUUUGCCACGGUGGAUGGGUGAUUACACCGUUACACGUGUCGUCGUUUGGGGAGGUGG